AUGUCUCAGCCGAUUCAACCAGAUCCAAUUCAACCACCUAGGCCUAAUGAACUUAACGACCUUUUCGAUACACUUCUGGAUGAAAAUAUACAUAUUGAUAAUUAUGUUCGAAAUUCCCACACUUCGGCUUGGAAUCAGAGGGAUAUUCUAAACAAGAUUAUUACGGCUAAUGAUUCUGCACUUCGACUAAAAGAAAUUGCUGACUGGGAAAAUAACGAAGCACAAACCCAGUAUCAGCAAUAUGGUCAACUUCAAGCCCAAAUUCAGGGAGAUGCACAAAUUAUUAUACAAUUACAGGCUCAGCUGGAUACGAAUGAUAAGCCUUUGGUAUCCGAUCAAAUUUCUCAAGAGAUGGAUAGUGAUAAGAAUGUACCAUUCGAAAAAUGGUGUGCUCCUGCGGACUUUAGCUUAGAUUCUGACAAUUCUACUUUAAAAAAAAAUGCAAUGAACUUGAAAAACGAGUUAUUAUGA